AUGGCGAAGACGAUUUUAUUUCAAACAAUCAGUUGGGGUUUAAGUGGUACUACGAAGGAUGUAGAAGAAAUGAAGCAAAGAAUGGAAGGAUGUUUAUCAGUUAUCAAAUCCGAGAAGUUGCAUUGUUUUAAAUUAAACACCAAUGAAGGAGCUGGUGGAUUGUCUGCACCAUGGAAUCCUGAAGUGGAUAAAGAUUGGUUCGGUUAUCUCAAGUUUUUGGCCGUGAUUUUGGGUUAA